AUGAUUGGCAUUGGCUUGCUGUACCGACGUCGCAGAGCAUGUAAUUGUUUUAACCAGAACUUCCAUGCAUUGCGCCUGCCUACUACAGCCGCAGCACCUCAAAUAAAAGGAGAGGGGGACCGUGCUCACCACAUCAGGUACAUAUCUGUCGUUUCCGAGCGUCACAGCGGCUUCACGUGGAUGACUAGUUUUCUCUGGGAAUACUUUCGAGACAAGGAUGUCAUGGUCACCCCAACGCUCUGCACAUGGAAGCACUGGUUCCAGGAUCGCAUACACCAAGACGUCCAAGAUGGCAAACGCCCCUGCCGAGGAAAUCAACAGUGCCCUGCGUGCUUAGACACCGAACACACCCUCGUGGUUGUCAUGUGGCGGAACCCGUACGACUGGAUCGGCGGGAUGCAUUCCAACCCGCACCAUGCCAAGGCACAUCGUGGAGUACAGGACCUGGAGCAGUUCAUGACAAUGCCGUGGAUAAUGGGCCCAGAGCUUCCGUGCAUCGACAACUUCCUGCCGAACGAGGUGCUGCCGUGCAAGGAGAACGGCAGGUCAUCCAUCUACGAGCUAGACCGCGACGGACGCGCGUACGGAAACAUCUACGAACUGAGGAAGGCCAAAAUCCUUGACUUCAACGCUGUCGAGACCUGGGUACCGUUCUACGAGAAGGUGGUGUACGAAGACAUGCUUGUCGGGCCAGGGCUCAGGGAUUGGCUCAGGUCGCUCGAGACAAAGUAUGGCCUCGUUGGGAACUACAUGGAUGUUCCGGACAACGUUCUUCAGACAAACAUGGCACGGUUGUGGAGCAACAUGUACUACACGAACAGCGAGCAUUGCGCGCCGAACUGCACUAUGGGCGGUGUGACGGGAGCCACAGCUGUGGAAGCCCUGCACCAGAUGUGGGACGAGGAGCUAGAGAGUGGGAUCGGGUACAACAAAGUUGAUGUGCAGGGCAAAGCGGAGAAGAACCGCGAUGUAUGA